ACGGCCAUACAGACAAUCGAUGGCUGUACGCAUGCGCCGGUAGUGAGGUCGGUUGACGGCUGUCGCGCGACCCGUCAGUCGCCGUUCAGUCACCAGAGCGCGCGUACAUAGCGACAACAGAGCCGCCCCACGACCUAAUCGCGAAGCACAACGAACGGGAGAUUAUUAUGCCCUGACAUGGCCGCCAGCAGCCACCACCGUGGGCAUGGCCACCACCACCACCACGAGGACAAGACGCACGCGCUGAUCGUGGAGAUUAACAGCCAGGUGGCGAUGUUCCGGGACCUGCUGAUUCAUGUGGGUCAAACCCGAGACUGCCCCGAGCUCCGGGAGAAGAUUCGCAAACUGAGGCGCACCCUGGUGGACGCAUGUCGGCACACGAGCCAGCUGCUGCUGCCUCAGGUCCGCAGUGCCGUGGCUGACGGAAUCCCCGCGGACAAUCCCCACUUCGUUCUCCUGUUCUUCAUCGCCCAGCUGUUCCUGAGGGAGCUCGCCAAGUGCCACCGGCUGGUGCAGGUCAUCCCGAUGGACAUGUCCGGAUACUACGACAACCGUCCGGGCCCGUCCAAUCUGGGCAACGUGAUCAGCCAGAUCCUCCUGUGUAAGCAGAUCACUCCGGACUUCAAGCAGGAGGAGCUGUGUUCCAUCACCAAGGACUCGCAGGACAUCCGCAAGAUGGUUCAGGACAUGCAGGAGUUCAUGCCGCGGCAGGAGAACAGCACUGAGCGGAACCAGGCCCUCAUCGGAGAUGACGCCGGAGGCCAGCAGUGGACCAUGAAGAAUCGGAGUGCCUCGUUCUACAAGAACAUGGGCAGUUUCUGUUGCAUCUGUCGCCCCAACUACGUGUGAUGUGGGGCGGAGUCGCGGGCCAGCAUCGGACAAGACGCCGCUUAAGACUCGACUUCCUGACCGCAGUACUUCGCCCCCGUACCCGAUAACGCGCCGUUAGAGUGGGAAAUUCCUUAUAACGAGUAGGCGUGCCUGUGAAAACGGUGGAUUAGUGAGUAACAAACGGUGACCGACCAAGAACACAGCUCGCUCUGGACUCGUUUCUUACUCUGCAGGGUGGAGCCUCGUUAUAAAAGAGAUUCUCA